CUCCACCACCACAUCAACCCCCUGUACACCAACGGGACAAUGAGAGAAAUCUUAACGCUCCAGCUGGGACAUCUCGGCAACUACACUGCCACCCAUUUCUGGAAUACCCAGGAAUCUUAUUUCACAUAUGAAGACGGCCAGGCCCCGUUGGUCGAGCACGAUGUGCAUUGGCGUGCGGGCUUGGGCCAGGACGGUUCGGAAACCUUUCUUCCUAGAACCGUUAUUUACGAUCUAAAGGGUGGCUUUGGCUCUCUGCGCAAGAUUAAUGCCCUCUACGAUGCCACAUCAGAUGGGGAUGAGGCAGACAGCGCCUUGUGGACUGGUCAGCCUAUCGUUCACAAGGCGAAUCCAGUAGAGCCCAUUGAAUACCAGAAAAGCCUUGAGACGGGCGCGCAAGCACCUAAGCUCACAACAUCCAGUGUACGUUACUGGUCCGACUUCUCAAGGGUCUACUUUCAUCCAAAGUCUCUGGUUCAGCUGUACGAUUAUGAGCUGCACUCCACAGUCAUGCCAUUUGAGCGUUAUUCCAUGGGUAAAGAGCUCUAUAGCUCGCUUGACAAGGAUCAUGAUAUUUUGGAUCGCGAUUGGCGGCCCUUUGUAGAGGAGUGUGAUCGCAUGGAGGGUGUUCAGGUCUUCACAUCCCUCGAUGAUGCCUGGGGUGGCUUUGCUGCGUCGUACAUUGAAGCUAUCCGCGAUGAGUAUGGCAAAGCUCCAAUCUGGACAUGGGGCCUUCAAAGUCCUCUCGCAGGCGUCUCUCGUGAUAAGCGUAUGCUCCGUGUCAACAACGUUGGCCAAGGAAUCGCAGAGCUCAACUCCUGCGACGCAACCAUUAUCCCUCUGUCUGUUCCAGAGAGCAAGCUCCGUGGUGUUCAUGUAGACACCAGCUCUAAUUGGCAUUAUUCUGCCCUUCUUGCUACUGCUAUAGAAUCUGCGACACUACCCUCAAGACUUCUACAAAUUUCGUCAAUUAAGCCAAUAGCCCUAGACGACUUGACUGCGAGCUUGAACACGACUGGCAGACAGCAUAUCGCUGCUAUGACACUAGGAGUCGGUGAAAGAAAUGACGAUGACAAAGAUCUCGAGCUUUUUAGCAUUGGGAAUGAUCGGCGCGAGACAAAGGGUGCAUCAGCGCGAUGGUUUGGCCAUGUUGAAUGUGUACGUGAUGAACAAAAACAGGACGAUAAAGACGAAGAAGAGAACAAGAGGAAUAUUAUUGGCGAACAAGUGAACAGAAAGCAAGUAAUCUCCGCCACACAGACCGGACAAACACUAACACUCCACAGUUACCAUACAGUCUUAGAGUUCCCGCUGAUGGACUCCUUCCCAACCAUUUACACUGAUUACGAUGGCAAAGCUAAGAUACCCGCUCGGUCAUCACUAUAUACUGAUCAAUCCAUUUCAAAGCAUAUGAAGAACCUCAGAACGCAAUUAGCUUGGGGUAUUGGCCUAGAUGACAAAGAAGAUCUUGUCAACUCCAUUGCAGAGAUAUCCGAGGCGUACCAAGAUGACUGGGAUAGUGGUUCAGACGAGGGAGAUGACGAUAUAUAAUAAAAAUGCAAGCAAGGCUAAUAUAACAAAAA